AUGGGUGAUAACUCCAUUGUUGGUACUGUUGCUGCUGCCUCUGCAAAUUUGUGUGUUUCUGAUUCUAUUCCAAGUACUGACUCCAAUACUUGGAUAAUUGACACUGGUGCUUCUGAUCAUAUGACUUAUGAUGCUAAAUUUUUUGAUGAGUUGUCUAGUAACACCCGUGACCCAUACAUAACUAGUGCUAAUGGCUUGCCCUCUCCAAUUACUGGUGAGGGCACAAUCUCUCUCACUCUUACUCUAUCCUUGUCUCGUGCGUUACUAAUUCCCAAUAUCCAUUGUAACUUGUUAUAUGUUGAUCGAUUACUUGAUACACUUAAUGUUUCUGCUACUUUAUAUCCUACGCAUUGCUCUUUUCAGGAUCUCAAGACUCACGAGACGAUUGGGCAUGUGUCAAAUAAAAACAAGAAAUUUGGUUAUGGCAUCGUCGCUUGGGACACCCGUCAUUUGACUACCUUAAGCUUUCAUUUUCGUGUCAAAGUAUUCCGGACUGAUAACGGAGGCGAAUAUGUGAAUAACAAUUUUCCGUGCUCAAGGAAUCAUCAGUUACUUGAAGUUGCUCACUUCCUUAUGUUGGACAUGUCUGUUCCCCAUCAUCUUUGGGGGCAUGCUAUUUUAUCUGCUGCCUAUUUGAUUAAUCGUAUUCCUAGCCGGGUUCUUGGUUUCAAGACUCCACAUGAUGUGUUUGGUGACCAUAAGGGUUAUAAGUUCUAUCAUCCACCUACCCAGAAGGUGCAUGUUACUUUGGACGUGACUUUCCAUGAAGAAGUGUCAUAUUAUGUCUCUCCCUCCUCUCCAAUUCAGGGAGAGAAUGGAAGUGAAUUGGAGAGUCUUAAAUUGGAGAAUGAUGUGUUUGAAGAUACUGCUCUAGGGAAAGAAACGACCUGUCGCACUAAAACAAGUGACUGGUUGCCCAUAUCUGAAAAUGAAACUUGCGGUCUCUGUGAAGAAACGAUUGAUUGCCCUUCGGAACUCGACUAG